AUGUCUCUCACCAAUGCCUCCCCCGAGGCGGCAGCCGCCGCCGCCAAGGCCGCCUCCUUCACGCUCGCCGCGCUGCCCGCCUCGGACCGCAACGCCGCCCUCGAUUCCAUCCACGAUGCCCUCGCCGCUGCCCGUGAUGAUAUCCUCGCUGCCAACGCCCGGGACCUCGAGCUCGCCCGCAAGGCCGCCGCUGAUGGCUCCCUGAGCGCCGCGCUCGUCUCCCGCCUUGACCUCGGCAAGAAGGGCAAGUUUGACGACAUGCUGCGCGGCAUCCUCGACGUCCGCGACCUGCCCGACCCGCUCGGCCAAGUGCAGAUGCGCACCCUCCUCGACGACGGCUACACGCUCGAGCGCGUCUCGUGCCCCAUCGGCGUCCUGCUCAUCAUCUUCGAGGCCCGCCCCGAGGUCAUCGCAAACAUCGCCGCCCUCGCCGUCAAGUCGGGCAACGCCGCCAUCCUCAAGGGCGGCCGCGAGUCCACCGAGUCCUUCGUCGCCAUCUCGCGAGCCAUCUCCGCCGCCCUCGAGCGCGGGCCCGUCCCCAACGACGCCGUCCAGCUCGUCACCACCCGCGACGCCAUCGCCGCCCUCCUCGCCCAGGACCGCAACAUCGACCUCGUCAUCCCCCGCGGCUCAAACGACCUCGUCCGCUACAUAAAGGAGUCCACCAAGAUCCCCGUCCUCGGCCACGCAGACGGCCUCUGCUCCAUCUACCUCACCGCCUCCGCCGACGCCCAAAAGGCCGCCCGCGCCGUCGUCGACGCCAAGACGAGCUACCCCGCCGCCUGCAACAGCGUCGAGACCCUGCUCGUCCAGGACUCGGCCCUGCUGACCGUCUUCCGCGACGUCGCCGCUGCCCUCGCCGCCGCCGGCGUCACCCUGCGCUGCGACCCGGCCGCCAAGGCCAUCGCCUCGGACCUCGUCCCCGCCGUGCGCCUCCUCGACGCCACCCCCGCCGACUACGACACCGAGUUCCUCUCCCUCGACGUCGCCGUCCGCACCGUCUCCAACUUCGACGAGGCCGUCGCCCACAUCAACGCCCACGGCUCCCACCACACCGACGCCAUCUUCACCUCGGACCCCGCCGAGGCCGAGCGUUUCAUGGACCAGGUCGACUCGGCCGGCGCCUACUGGAACGCCUCCACCCGCACCGCCGACGGCAUGCGCUACGGCUUCGGCACCGAGGUCGGCAUCAGCACCAACAAGAUCCACGCCCGCGGGCCCGUCGGCCUCGAGGGCCUCACCAUCUACAAGUACAAGGUCCGCGGCCAGUACCAGGCCACCGCCGACUACGGCGAGGGCGACGGCAAGCGGCCGUGGAAGCACCAGAAACUGGACAUUUGA